AUGGCAAAUGUGUUGGUCACCGGCGGUACCGGAUUCAUCGGUAGUCGAGUCUGUACUGCCCUCCACGAACAAGGCGAUACAGUGCAUGUGUUAUCCCGAAACCCGUCACGUGCACAGAGUAAAUUGAAAUCAGCAAGAGCGGUCUACGGUUGGAACCCUGAAACCGAAAAACUGCCUUCGGAAGCCAUAUCCGAUAUGGCAUCGGUCAUUCAUCUGGCAGGUGAGACGAUCGCGGGAAGGUGGAAUGCCGAAAAAAAACAGCGGAUACGCGAUAGUCGAAUUCUUUCUACGCGGAAUCUGGUUGAAUCGUUCGCGGCAGCAGACACAAAACCCGAUGUGCUUGUCUGUGCCUCCGCAAUUGGAUACUACGGCGACAGUGGUGACGAACGUUUUACAGAGGUUUCGCCAGCUGGCACCGAUUUUCUCGCUGAAGUCUGCCAAGAAUGGGAGUCGGAAGCCCAAAAAGCGAUUGCACUUGGGAUUCGGGUCGUCAUGGUUCGCAUCGGGCUUGUGCUUGGGUUAGGCGGCGGAUUGUUGACACAGGUACUCCCGCCUUUUAAAAUGGGAGUCGGGGGUAUACUCGGCAGCGGUCGGCAGUGGAUGUCUUGGGUUCAUGUUGACGAUGUGGUCGGUAUUGUGCUGCACGUAUUAGAGAAUAGCGAGAUUCGCGGUCCACUGAACGCGACCGCACCUACGCCUGUCAGAAACACAGAGUUUACAAAAACACUCGGUGCGGUGCUGCGACGGCCAACUCUGUUGCCCGUCCCGACGUUUGGCUUGAAACUCAUGAUGGGUGAAUUUGCUGACUUUGUUGUACUGAGUCAGAAUGUGGUUCCAGAGAAAACGGAAGUUAGCGGCUAUGAAUUUCGCUACCCGACGCUUGAAUCUGCUUUGAGAAAUUUAUUAUAA